AUGGUGUUCGACAAUGGACCUCAGUUUGAAAUGCGCCAGCUCAAGGAAUGGUUAGGAGACCAGGGCAUAACUCAUUGUUUUGCUUUAGUCGGCCGACCACAAGCUAAUGGCCAAGUAGAGGCCCACAACAAGUUGAUCUCAAAUGGAAUCAAGCGCAAGCUUGAAAAAGCGGGCGGCCUAUGGGCUGAUGAGUUGGUUAACGUAUUAUGGUCCAUACGGACAACAACAAAAAGUUGCACAGGAGAAACUCCAUUCUUUUUGGUCUAUGGGAUCGAAGCAGUUCUCCCAAUUGAGUUGUACGAGCCCACUCUGCGGGUAAUGUUAUAUGAUGAGUCAGCCAAUUGGGAGACCAUGAAUACCGCCCUGGACUUUCUUCCAGAGGCUAGGGGCAAUGCGGCGCUCAGACACAAAAUUUAUCGUGUAAGGAUGACAAGGGCAUAUAAUCACCGAGUGUCUAAGCAUCCGCUGAAGAUAGGGGAUCUUGUGCUCAGAAAAAUGGAAGCUGUUGGCCGAGCCAAUGAGAAUAGAAAAUUAACCCCAAACUAG